AGAGAAGUCCUCAGUGGUGCGCCAGCCGUCGGAGGGAGAGGAUAUACGCGCCUUGUGGUCAUGAAUCCGUGAAUUUCCCCUCCGCCGUACCCGUGACAGCGAGAGUGACCUGCUCCACCAUGACCAUCAUAGUGUUCCUCCUCGACACCUCGGCGUCCAUGAACCAGAGGACCUUCAUAGGGGCGCGACCCACCAUGCUGGACAUAGCGAAGGGCGCCGUCGAGACUUUCGUAAAGCUGCGUCAGAGGAGUCCGGAGAGCAGAGGCGACCGGUACAUGCUGUUCACCUUUGAGGAGGCACCCAUGCACAUCAAGGCGGGGUGGAAGGAGAACCUGGCCACCUUUAUGAACGAGCUGAAGAACAUCAAGGCAACGGGGCUGUCCACCCUCGGUCCGGCCAUCAAGAAUGUGUUCGACGUGCUCAACAUUAAUCGCAUGCAGUCAGGCAUUGACACGUAUGGCACGGGCAGGAGUCCCUUCUUCCUGGAGCCGUCGGUGAUCAUCAUCAUCACGGACGGGGGGAAGCUCUCCUCGCAGCAGGGCGUGCUGGAUGAUAUCUUCCCACUGCCCAAGGUGAACCUCAUCCCAGGGGCGGAGCUGACCAAGGAGAUCUACCGCUGGGACCAGAGAGUGUUUGGCCUGGUGCUGCGGCUCACGGGCACUCCGGCGCCAGAUCCCAUGGGCCUUGUACCUAGCGAUAAUUCACCACUGGACAAGCUGUGCGAGCAAACUGGAGGUCGGUCAUACGCAGUUCGCUCCCACAGGAUGUUCCAGCAGUGCAUAGACAGCUUGGUGCAGAAGGUACAGAGUGGGGUGGUCAUAAAUUUUGAGAAGAUCGGCCCUGACCCGCCUCCUAUCAACUCUGACGAGACAUGGACGUGGAAUGGAGCACAGCGAGGGAGAAUGCAAGCAGUGGAGAUGAGCAGCGUGAGAGGUGCAUGUGGUACGACAAGCUGGAACAAAGACACAAACGAAAGUGUUAAUGAAAGAUGCGGCAAGGAGACACCUGAUGUGAUAGAGGUGGACAAGGAGAACCAGCAGAACAACAUAGAGGCCAAUGGGGGUGGAGGGCUUGGUGCCGGGGGACUCGGGGGUGGGAUGCUUGGCCACAUGCUACAGAAUGGUGGCCGCCCCCACACCCCUAACUCCAUGCCUGUGCCUCCCCCCAACCCUCCUAGCAAUGCCUGGCACAACUGUCGCAAGAUGAUCUAUGUGCCGCGGCCAGCCCAGAGAGGAAGCCCCUCUGGGUUCUGGCCAAUACCUGAGUCCUUCUGGCCGGACACCAGUACUCUCUCCCUGCCGGCAAGAAGUGCCCACCCCAACGUGAAGUUCACCUGCACCAGCCAGGAGCCGAUGGUGAUAGACAACCUGCCCUUUGACAAGUAUGAGCUGGAGCCGUCACCGCUCACUCAGUACAUUCUCUCCAGGAAGCAACCCACCGUCUGCUGGCAGGUAUACAUCCCAAAUAGCAGCAAGAACAGUGACGUGGGGCACCCAUUUGGCUACCUGAAGGCCAGCACCACCCUGCAGACGGUGAACCUGUUCGUCAUGCCCUACAACUACCCGGUGCUGCUGCCGCUCCUUGAUGACCUCUUCAAGACCCACCGCCUCAAGCCCACCAAGGAGUGGAGGAUCCAGUUUGACAACUACCUCCGCACCAUGCCUCCCUACUAUGCUAAUCCCCUGAAGCGUGCCCUCGGGAGGAUGGGAGCCCCUAACCUGGUCCCUGACAAUCUGGACAACUCCCUCAGCUUCCAAGUGACAAACCACCUCAAAAAGCUCAAGAAUCAGGCCAAGCUGGAGUAUGAAAGAAUCUGCCUGGAGGUGGAGAAGAGGCUGUCCCAGAACAGCUGCGUCACCCAUGAAGGGAUCCGAGUGCAACCCCGGCGGCCCCUCGGCAGGCACCUUAUCUCAGACCAUCUCCUGCAAGACCAGCUGGGUCACCUGCGGGACCAGGUAACAGAGUACCCGAGCUUCGUGCUGGCGGUGAGGGAGGGGGAGGUCAGCCCACAGAUGUACAGGAAUCCUUUUGACAUCCCCCGCUCACAGCUCCUCGAUCAGCUCACCCGCAUGAGAGCAAACUUCCUGCAGUCCUCCCUGACACUUCUCCUCACUGACCGAGACCUUGACCAGCUCCACUGUCGUCCCAUCAGCCAAAUGGGUAACUACCAGGAUUACCUGAAAAAGAUGACGCCACCUCUGAGGGAGAUUGAGUCGACCCCCGUUAGGCAGCACAUGUUUGGCAAUCCCUUCAAGAUAGACAAGAAGAUGUCGAUGAUGGUGGACGAGGCAGACGUGGACCUGAUGGGGGCUGGUGGCGCCAACAGUGGAGGUGGCCGGGGGUCUAAGCGGCCGGCUGAGGCACAGGUGCCGGUGGGGCGGCCCAACAAGCGGCGGCGCGGCCCACUGCCCCACGACUUCACCCUGCAGCGGGUGAGGAAGAGCCCCAGCUCCACUCCCAGCACUAGCCCAGCCUCCACUCCCAGCUCUAGUCCCUGCCCCUCCCCCAUCCCAUCCCCCUGCCCCAUGGACUCUCCCUUGCCCCCAAGGAUGGAGGAACGAGUGGAGCCCCGGCCAGAGCUGUCCCCCAUUCCCCCGAGACCUGAGAGACCCGACACACCCGUUUUCCAGCCGGGGGCGUGCUAUGUCGCGGCGCCUCCCCCUAACGCCAGCUACUCCCCGGGCAUCCCAAGUGUGUCCCCGCCCGGCUCUCCGAACCCUGCCAUCCCUGCCUCCCCUGCACUCCCAGAGGAGCGGCUGCACCCCCUACCGGGUGAUAGUCAUCCUAUGCUGAAUGGAGAUGUCAUUCCACCACCACCCUCCUUGCGGGAUGAAGAGGUGAGCCAGAGCAGCACCAGCAGCCUGGAAAUUUACGAUGCUGAGUAUGAGAACCUUCCCCCGCCCCCAAGCCUCACGCCGCCCCCAGAGCCCCCAAGUGAGGAGCUGCCCUUGGAGAAGAAUGGUGUUGUGCCCCCCAGUGAACAGAGGAGAGGACCUGCUACCACCAGCAGUACUCUUACUACCACCACGACCACCAACUCCACCACAUCUACUACCACUGCAACCACUAUAAUAACCACCAUUACUACAACCACCACCACCACCAGUCCGGCAGCCCCUACUGUCACCACCACCACCACCACCACCGCUGCACUGCCGCCGUCUGACACACAGGCUACCAAGACCUACAACAAGGAGCUGAAGAUGAAAUGCUUCAAGCUGGUGAAGAAGCCUGGCAGAGAUUUCCGGACGCUGUUUGACCAGCUGAACACGGUGCAGGGUUCCUACGAGUCCCGGCUCAGGAUGGUGAAGGAAGUGGUGCAUGAGGCAGGCAGAUUCAAGCGGCACUCCCUGGUGAAGCUCCUCACGCAGUUCCUAGACUCCAUGAUGACCUCAGAGAAGGGAGGCGUGGCAGCGGCGGCAGCAGCAGCAACUCGGGCCAGUGUGAGAGUCAAUGGCCACAGCAGAUAAGAGUGGUGUGCUCAAAGCCCAUGUUGUGAGUGUAUGGGACAGUACAAUGAGAGGAGAACAACUGUGCAGUGUUCUAUGCGAUGCGUUUUUUUCCAGAUGACUCACAGACAGUGAGGAACGUGACUCAGCAAGUACAUGGCUCUGUUGGUCUCUUUCUGCCAGGGAGAGUAAGUGGCAGGCGCUGCUAGACAGGGAGGAAGUGCAUCUCAUUUACCGAGAAACUGAAUGCAAAAAGUCAGGCGACGUCUUUUUGAAAACGCUUACUACUUCUGGAAUGUACGUUACAUUUUGUGCACAUUCACUGCCAUGGCCACAUUUGAGUGUGAAGUGAUGUUUUAGGAAAUUUAAUCAAGAUUGUAAGAUCAGAUGUCUGCAGCAGGGUGUUCUUCCUGUUGGUUUCCUGCUUCAUGUGUAAAUGUGGCACAAAAAAGUUCUGAAAUUGUUAUGACCAACACAUGACAUCAGGAUAACAGAGGAGUUGAGGAUCAGUGUGUCAGGAGUCUGAGUGGCUUGCCUAUUGUUGAUCUUAUUCAUUGCUCGAAUUAAUAUUUCGUGAUACAGUAUUUUUAUAUGACCAAAAUACUGUUACUUUUAAUUAAUUUUAUUAGUAUUCAUACUUGUAGGUUUUAAUCCCUUCCAUCAAGAUUUAUGAACCAACCCAGUGUUUUGUAUGUUCCAGAUGUGUAAUAUUAGACCAGAGAUAGAGAGUGGCAUUACCACUGGAAGAUGAUGGAUGAGACAACAAAAUGCACAUGUAAUUUUUUCUUUUUUUUCCUUUUUUCUUCAGGGAAAGAAAAUUUGAGAUUUAUAAGUUUUGGGAUUUUUCUAAUUUGUGUGAAUGAUGAACCAGCAGACAGUAGUAAUGUACAAAGGAAAGCAAUCAAGGGCAGAUAUUUAAUAAGAUGAUGAAUGUGGCCAGAAAGUAACACCUGUGAACUCUAGUGGAAACUGCUUGGUGUGUGUGUACGUGUACGUAGACUCAGACCAAAUGAAAAGUGCUUGUAAUAAAUUAAAGGACUUGAGUGAAUACACCCACUACAGCAAUGAGGUGGAUGAAUGUGAAAGUUAUUCCAGAACUGCUUGUGCCGGUGGUGUUGUUUUAAUAGGCUUUGUGAGUAGUGCAAGCCUGAGUGAGAGGACAGCAGUGUGUGUGGUGGGCCUGUCAAGGCUUGCAGGUGGGUGCUGACAUCUUGUUGUGUGGUGGACGCUGGCUGGCUGUUGACUGGCAGGCAGAGGAAUGUAACCGCUAUGCCUCAAAUAAUCAAUCUGGAGUAUUUUUGCUACAUAGGACAUGAUUUCUGUAGCCCCUUAACUUGUAAAUCUCCUAUUUUUACAUAUAAAGAGGUAUUCUGGAAGGAAAGAUUGGAUAUUCACUUCUGCAUUAUUUUUUUAAUAGAGAACAUAACUCUAGUCAGUGGACAUUACUGAAUUUACCUUGUAGCCUGACGACUGAUAUCAAUUGCCAAAUGUUGCAUUUUCAACCAAGACCUUCAUAAAGCUUCACUCCCGUGUGGACGACGACCAUGUACAGUCACAUGACAAACGUUUGCUUUGUGAUCGUUUUGUAAAUAUUGUGUAUAUUUAUAUUUUAUAUAUGCAAAUACAGUUGAACCUCAA